CACCAGUAAAACACACACUUUGCUGGAAACGCAGAGGAACUGUUGCUGUUUCAUCGCGUGUUUGUGUUUUUCCUUCAGAGUGACAGAAUGCUCCAAACAAGUGACAACAAGGUGCACGUGGCACAUAACCUCAUGGACAUGGACCAGGACCCUCGCAAACGGCUCUACUUUACUGACGGGCGAAGGAAAGUGGACUAUGUGCUGGUCUACCACUACCGAAAACGUUCCUCCAUCAGGGGGUCCCCUAGUCAACAUAGACUGUCCAUUAUCUCCAAUGGUAGUUACCCUUUAGGAGUGGAGGACAAAAAAUUAGAGGGAGGGAAGGAUGAACCCGUGGAGGUGGUGGUAGUAGACAUUGGACCCCCAGACCCUGCUGAUGGGGAGAAGAUCAUGAUCCGAGAGGAGUUUGAGGGCAAUUUAAAGGACGCAGGGCUGGAAGUAGAGCGUGAUAAAGAGAACAAGAUCCAUGGUCAUGCCUUCAUCCGGCUUCAUGCGCCUUGGCAGGUGUUGAGCAGAGAAGCAGAGUUUCUCAAGAUCAAGGUGCCCACAAAGAAGAGUUUUGAGUUGAGAGAAGAUAACGGUCUGGCUGCCACCAUGAAUGAAGUGUGGCGGAAGAUAAAUCAACCAUUUCAACCAAACGUCCCCCACCAGGAGCAAGAGCACAGCCGGACCAAGUUUCUCUCACACUGCUUCUCCCGGGACAAGCUCCACCUGUACAACAUCAAUUCAAAGGACACGUUCUUCGACAAUGCCACAAGGAGUCGAAUAGUGUAUGAAAUCCUCAGACGCACGGCCUGCACACGGACCUGCCAAACCAUGGGUAUCACCAUGCUAAUAGCUAAUGGUGUUUAUGAUUCAGCGUUCCCAUUGCAUGAUGGUGACUUUCGACCCAUUGGACAAGCUGAGAGAAAGAAUGACAGACAGUUGUUACAUGAUGAAUGGGCAAGAUAUGGUGCUUUUUACAAGUAUCAGCCUGUUGAUCUUAUCAGGAAGUACUUUGGGGAGAAGAUUGGCCUCUACUUUGCCUGGCUUGGUCUCUAUACUCAACUGCUGAUCCCUGCAUCUGUGGUGGGCAUCAUUGUGUUUUUCUAUGGUUGGGCAACUGUGGAAACAAACAUACCCAGCCAGGAGAUGUGUGAUGAAGAUCAGAACUUCACCAUGUGUCCUCUCUGCGAUCGGGCAUGUGACUACUGGCAUCUGAGCACAGCAUGUGGCACAGCACGUGCCAGCCAUCUCUUUGACAACCCAGCCACCGUGUUCUUUGCCAUCUUCAUGUCCCUCUGGGCUGCAAUGUUUUUAGAGCACUGGAAGCGCAGACAGAUCAGUCUGAACUAUAGCUGGGAUUUGACGGGCAUGGAGGACGAGGAGGAACAUCCCAGACCCAAAUACGAAACGAUACUCCUUCAGAAGAGGCAGAGGAAGAAGAAAAAUAAGAUGAGCAAAAAUGAGUCUGAGAGAGGUGUGGAAGAGAGCGGGGAGCUGGGCAAGGACAAAUGGAGACAGAGGUUACUUUCAGCCAUGGCUGCUGGGAAUCCGCAUGGACAUGAGACGCUAACAUGGAGGGACAGGCUGCCUGGGUAUCUAAUCAACAUUUCCUCCAUUCUCUUCAUGUUUGGUGUGACAUGCUCUGCCGUGUUCAGUGUCAUCAUUUACCGCAUCACUAUCUCCGCUCUCAUGGCAAUGAGCCCAGAUCCAGAGGUCAAGUCUAACGUGCGGGUGACUGUCACAGCCACUGCUGUCAUCAUUAAUCUGGUGGCCAUUCUCAUUCUAGAUGAGAUCUACGGCAUGGUGGCUGUCUGGCUCACCGAACUGGAGAUCCCGAAAACAGAGACAAACUUUGAGGAGCGUCUGAUUCUGAAGGCUUUCCUCCUGAAGUUCAUGAAUGCUUAUGCACCCAUCUUCUAUGUGGCCUUCUUCAAAGGAAGGUUUGCAGGCCGCCCUGGUGACUAUGUUUAUGUCUUCAAUGACUACCGUAUGGAAGAGUGUGCUCCUGGUGGCUGCCUGAUUGAACUCUGCAUUCAGCUCAGUAUCAUCAUGCUGGGGAAGCAGCUUAUUCAGAAUAACAUUUUCGAGAUCGGCAUUCCAAAGCUGAAGAAGCUGUGCCGCAUGCUGAAGGACAAGGAACGUGCCCCCAAAGAGAUUGUGGAGCAGCCAGGUCGCUGCCAACAGUGGCACCUAGACUACGACCUAGAGCCAUUUGACGGUCUUACACCUGAAUACAUGGAGAUGAUCAUUCAGUUUGGUUUCGUUUCACUAUUUGUGGCCUCAUUCCCGCUGGCUCCACUUUUUGCCCUCCUAAACAACGUCAUUGAGAUCCGUCUUGACGCCAAGAAGUUUGUCACAGAGCUUCGCAGGCCGGAUGCCGUGAGGGCCAAAGAUAUUGGUAUCUGGUACAACAUCCUGAGUGGUAUGGGCAAAUUCUCAGUCAUCAUCAAUGCCUUUGUCAUCUCCUUCACGUCAGAUUUUAUCCCUCGCCUGGUCUACCAGUACAUGUACAGUGAGACGGGCACCAUGCAUGGCUUCAUCAACCACACACUCUCUUACUUCAAUGUCAGCAACUUUAAAGCAGGAACUGUGCCAACCAUCUCCAGUCUCGGCAAAGACAUCACAGUCUGCAGGUACAAGGACUACAGAGAACCUCCAUGGUCGUCCGAGCCUUACCAGUUCUCCAAACAGUACUGGUCGGUUCUAGCGGCUCGGUUAGGCUUCGUCAUCUUGUUUCAGAACCUUGUGAUAACCAUGAGCAUGCUGGUGGCCUGGGUGAUCCCAGACGUGCCCAAGAACAUCAGCGAGCAGCUGAAGAAGGAGAAGACCCUUCUAGUGGAUGUCUUCUUGAAUGAGGAAAAGGAGAAGCUUCAGCUCAUCCAGAGCUUGUUCUCCAAAGACCUGACCCAAGAACAACAGGAGGAGCUGCAGGUCUCAGAUCAAACCUCUCGGCUCCUCCAGCAAACCCACCCCGGCCCGUCCCUGCCCACACCUGCCCUGGCCCCGGCCCCACCCCUGUCCUCUACGGCCCCUCGCACCCGCCCCCGAGCGGCAAGCUUCAGCCAAUUCACCCCUCAAACGUCCAUGUCUCCCCGCAGUGACAUCACCCAGCAUACAGCUGUGUGACGGAGGUCAGGGUGAGAGGACGGAUGCGAGUGUACCAGUGGAAUAUCUUUAAGAGUGCCUGAGCACUGGAUUUUGAGGAUUCAAAGUGGAAGGGAAGUUUAAAGCUCUGAGUUUGGAGUUUUGGGAAUACGGUGACCUCUUUUCCGUGGAAUAAGAGAGGUCGCUCAUGUUUUGGUUACAGAACUGUGUUUUAAUGUCUGUCUGCAGGCUCCAUGUCUGGUUUCAAACCCUCAGAUGUCCGUUUUGAGGGACAUCUGACAUUAACAUUGCCACAGAGCUGAGCUUCAAUAGGACCGCUUGCAGAUGCAAUCACUCCAUACGCAUUCCCAUUUGACGAGCACUGAAAUGCGAACGGAUGCUGGAAGCUGAUGGUCCCACUUCCAAGGGGCCUCUUGAAGUCCUUGGAAUGUUAUUUUUUCACUGAUUUAUUCUUGAACGGUCUUAAAUGAGGGUGUUUGUCACCAAAACUGUAUGUCAGUUACAUACAGACAAUGCAUAAUCUGUUCAUGCUGUCCAAAAAACAAACUGCUUUGCACAUUGUUCAUGAGAUGUAGCAUAUAACGGCAAAUAAUAACCUUUCAUUUUCUCAGGUAAGCAUCACUGUAGGCUGUAUUUGUUCUCAUUAAUAUGACCGUUCUUGGUUUACUAAAGAGUAUGAUAUAUGUUAAUUUAACUAAGGUUCAAAGAACACAAACUUAACGUGCAAUGAUACUUCAAUGUAUUCUGUGAUAUCAAACGUGUGGUGGAAAUGUACUGUUUUGUCUUUUGAAAGAUCCAGCCCUCUCGUAAUGUAACACAUGAACUGAAUUUCAAUGUACAAGCACAAACAAUUAAGGCAAUAUGUAAUUAAACUCAUGUUUUGUCAAUCCAUAUAUUUAUGCUAUGCCUCCUUCUGAUGAUAUACAGGGCUGCUACUGUAGAUUUAGAUCACACAGCAUUAGCUGUAUUUGAUUGUGGAGCAGCUGGUCUUUUUGUGCCAGGUCAACUGUAAUCCUCUCGUGAGUUUGCCAUCACCAGUGUGGGAGGGUGUGGGGUAACUGUCAUCCAUGGAGGAAACGGGGAAGCAGGGAUGGAUGUUGUGUGCCAACAUCUGGCCAUCAAGUCAUCAUUUUCAAUGCCUCAUAGGAUGUAAUUCUCAUGCAGAAGAAUAAAUAUUUAAUCCCAAUUAUGCGCAAGUGGAUUUUCUUUCUUGUCCUCAAGGUUUUGGUCUAGGAGUCCCUUGGGGUCAAUUCAUGUGUGUUCCUGACUUGUAUGUUAGACUAAAUGGGCAUUCACACCAUCAGCAAUUCAAUCAUUGGUUGCUAGUGUUAUUAUCUUUUAUUUUUAUUUUUAAUGUUGUUCUUUUUCCAUUUUAAAUUGAAUUUGUCCAUUUCAAUUUUGUAUCAUUUGUUUUAGUUUUCUCUAGGGAUGUGCAUGGGUAAUCGAGUACUCGUUCAGCUUUGAAUAUUCAAGUAUCUACUAGGAAAAACUAGUUGAAUAUUGCAAUUUUAUUUUAUUUUGUGCUUUCGCCUAUGCUGAAUGAAUGCUUCUGAAUGAAGCCUUUACAACUUAAUGCACUGAUUGGUGCUGUGGAUGCAUAACAUUGUUAAAGGAAUAGUUCACUCAGUAAGAACAUUGUGUCAUUAUUUAAAAUGAUUGAAUUGCUUCUGAAGACUUGGAAUGUAUGUUUCUGUGUGUGAGUGCAAAACUACAUGUUGUUGUUUAUGCACAGUGCUCAGUUUUUUCCUAAGAAAAACCAGUUCAAAGGUUUAGGGCUGAAAUUAAAUUCUAAAUUUCCAGUAAUGUAUUAAUAAUGGAUUAUUUUUAUUUUUAUUUAUUUAUUUCUUUUUUAAGUGUUACAAAAUUUCUCUAAAUGCCCAUCCCUAGUUUUCACUAUAUGAUUGUUAGUUUGUUUUUUCAGUGUUUUCUAGUUUCAUUUAGUUUUUAUUCAGUAAAAAUUUUAACUGAAAUAAUUAAAAUAUGUGUAAUGUUACAUUUCUAAAUUAAAAAAAAAAAAAUGUAUGUGAUCACCAUCAAGUGAUAUUUACAUAUUUAAAAUGAAUAUUCAGAGUUCAAGACAAGUUCAGCUCAGUCGACAGCAUUUGUGGCAUAAUGCUGAUUACCACAAAAAAAAUAAAAAAAUAAAAUAAAAAUAAAACAUUCGACUUGGCCUCCUUUUUCUUUUAAAAAAAACAAACAAACAAAACAAAAAAAAUCUGGGUUACAGUAAGGCACUUUCAAUGGAUGUGAAUGGGGCCAGUUUGUAAAUGUCAAAAUACUCACCAUUUCAAAAGUAUACAAUAGCUACAAGACGUUUAAAAUAGGCAUGUUAACAUGAUUUUAGUGUGAUAUAAUCUCUAUAUCUACAUCUAAUUUUACAGCUUCAUAGUCAUGAUGAUAUAAAACCCUAAAACGACCGUAAAAACAACUAUUUAAACAACCUCUCAAAUAAUACAUGCAUUUUAACAUAAGAAUUCAUGUAAGUGCUUUUAAAAAAUUAUUUGCUUCACAUUUCUGCCUUUAAACUAGAGGUAGACCGAUAUAUCGGUUUUACCAGUUAAUUUGUGCCGAUAGUUGCUUUUUGGAACUAUCAGUUAUCUGUAAAAAAUAUAUGCCGAUAGAUAGAUAUUGUAUAUUUUUUUAUCAGCCUUUUCUACCACCUUAGUUAUCGUAUCGGCACAAUCCACAAUCGGUCGACCUCUACUUUAAACCCUCCCAAAAAUGGCCCCAUUCUCUUCCAUUGUAAGUGCCUCACUGUAAUCUCGAUUUUUUUUUUUGCUUUUUUCUUUUAAAGAAAAGGAGGAAUGGGUGGAAAUAAAUUUUUGUGGUAAUCAACAUUAUGCCACAAAUUC